GUAUUCUCCAUACAAUGUAUACAUGUAUUCCAUAUUUUAUAUUAAUAAAGUGUUCAGGAUAGCUUCAUUUUAUGCUUGAUGACCUUGUGUCAAUCAUUGAUCCCAAUGUUACAAAGUAAAGGAAUCUUAUAUUUUAGACAGUUUUUAGGUCGUACAAGUGCAAUAGAAAGGUCCACUAUAAAAUGCGCGCGUUUUAUAAUGACUCCUUCCUUUUCAUCAAAACAUUAUCGCAGCUAUACAUCAAAAUCUAAUGUGUGCGAUAAAACAUGUUUAAAACUUCAGGAAACACUGAAAGAUGUUAAUAUACAUGAAUUAUUUCCUAUAAAGGAACUUUCAAUGUACUAUGCUGAUGAAUAUGAUGAAGAACUAUUCCUAGAAAUUCACAAAGAGCUCUUGUCUUUGUACUAUGACUCUUACAUGAAAAUCCUGAAUACUACGGAUUCAAGCCUUAAAAUUUUAAAAUCAAGACUAAACGAAAUGCAUUUAUCAUUAUUCUCUGGUAAUAUGCAUAAAAUGUCAGAAUGUAGCAAAAUCAUCUUACAAGUACGAUCUGGUGUUGGAGGCGAGGAAUCUGCAAUGUUUGCAUCAGAACUAUUUAAAAUGUACGAAAAUAUAUCACAUGAUAGAGGGUUCAAUUUUGUAAAACACAACAGUUCAACUGCAGAAAUAACAGGUGGUACCGAGUUUUUCAAGUAUGAAUUUGGAGUCCAUAGAGUACAAAGAAUACCUACAAAUUGCAAAAGGAUACAAACAUCAUCUGCUGUUGUUUUGGUGGUACCUCAUUUUGACAUAGAGAACGUCAAACUAAAAAAUUCAGAUCUUUCAAUAGAAACUAUGAGGUCUACUGGACCCGGAGGCCAAAGCGUUAACAAAUCUGAAACGGCAGUUCGUGUUUUACAUGUUCCUACUGGCAUAACGAUUUCUGUUCAAGAUACAAGUAGCCAAAUCGAUAACAAAGCACUAGCUAUAGAGCUUAUAUCGCAAAAAAUCAGAGAGAAACAACUGAAGGAAUUGGAAAUGCUUCGAUCUGAAAUUAGAUCAUCGCAAGUGAAAACCGGUGAUAGGAGCGAAAAAAUUAGGACAUUGAAUUUCAUUCAUGAUACAAUUAUAGACCACCGAUGUAAGGUUACACUGAAUGGAAUAGAAUCCUUUCUUGAUUAUGGAAACGGUAUAGAAAAGAUCCAUCAAUCUUUAUCUGAUAUGGAUGAGACGACCAUAGUCAAAUUUAUGAUUGAUAAUAUCGGCCCAGUUGUAGAAUAUUACAAACUCAAACAUAGACAUAAGUAA